CCCGACGUCGUCAUCCUGCAUGAGGAGCAGAGAGAAAGAUUGAGCCUCGCGCUUCAAAGAUGCAUUUUGUAGCCUAGCUAGCUUUUCAGACAUCAUUCAGGAUUCAAACAGUUAUUUUGAGAAGACCGCGGUGCCGCCUCAUUGUUCGCUUUUGUCUGCCAACAGCCGCUCCUCCUCCUUCAUCGGGAGGAAAAGAUAUCCACGAGGUUUUAGUGCUAAAAAAAAAAAAAAAAAAGCGGUAGUGGAGAAAAGAACCAAGCUUUGUCGGGCGUGGUAGCAAGAAAGAGAGAAAAAACUCAUCUUUUGUCCAGAAACUUUGAAAGUAGCCACAAUGUCGCUGUCGGUUCCACAGAAUGGGAUAAAGGCGGAUAGCGAACCCGUUAUCGAGCUUUUUGUCAAGGCGGGAAGUGAUGGUGAGAGCAUCGGAAACUGCCCCUUUUCCCAGAGGCUCUUCAUGAUUCUGUGGCUCAAAGGAGUCGUCUUCAACGUCACCACAGUAGACCUUAAAAGGAAGCCYGCAGACCUCCAGAACUUGGCCCCUGGCACACACCCUCCCUUCAUCACGUUCAACGGCGAGGUCAGAACCGAUGUCAACAAGAUCGAGGAGUUUCUCGAGGAUGUCCUCUGCCCRCCCAAGUACAUCAAGCUUGGUGCAAAACACCCAGAGUCCAACACAGCUGGUAUGGACAUCUUCGCCAAGUUCUCUGCGUACAUCAAGAACUCCAAACCAGACGGAAAUGAGGCUCUUGAGCGCGGCUUGCUGAAGACGCUGCAGAAACUGGACGAGUAUCUUCGCUCCCCGCUUCCUGAUGAAAUCGACCACAACAGCAUAGAGGACAUCAAGGUUUCCAAUCGCAAAUUCUUGGACGGAGAUGAAAUGACCCUGGCUGACUGCAACCUGCUCCCCAAACUGCACAUUGUUAAGGUCGUGGCCAAGAAGUACCGAGGCUUCGACAUCCCCAAAGAGAUGACGGCCAUCUGGAAGUACCUGAACAAUGCUUACACACGCGAAGAGUUCACCAACACCUGCCCCAGUGACAAAGAGAUAGAAAUCGCCUAUGCAGAUGUGGCCAAAAGGCUGGUGAAAUAAGCUCCUCUGUUCUGUAGAAUCUCCCUCCUCUGCAGCUCCCCGCGCCUCCAUCUCCUCAGCAUCUGGACUGAUGUGCUCAUUCACGAGAAAGAAAAUACUCUGGACCCUUUUCCUUCUCUUCCUCAUCUAAAACGAACCCCAGUGCUCGAACGCCUUGUUUCCGGUUUUAUGAAGGUCUUUUUGUUGUUGUUGUUGUUGUUGUUGAAUCAGCAGAGGUCACCCUUGUUCCACCUUUUCCCAUUAAUCAUUCCUCACUUGCCGAUUAAUGUGUGAGAUUUUGAUGUGAAGGAGAAGCAGCUACAGAGUCAACAAGUCUCCCUGAUAAGUGACCUUCCAGCUGAUGUUCUCUCUGUAAGGGAAGCAUGGCAGGCUGUUAUUUUGAAGUAGCUUCUUCUUGGAUUAUUAUAAAGGUUGAAAAGCUGUUUUUUAUUUCAUUGUUUUGGCUGGUUUGGAGACGUGAACAGUGUUGAAGCUUCAGUGUUUCUGCCUUCAGUAUUUGACAGGGUUACGUAGAAGCUGAAGUUAAUCCAAACCUGAGCACCUUGAUGCUUUAAAAAAAAAAGGAAGUCUAAAUAAUUGUAAGUGCAGUUUCAACUGCCUGGUAUACAUGCUCUGAUAAAAGUAGCUCAGCUCCGUAGAAUUGUAGGAAGUUUUUUUUUUUUUUCUCGAACCGGCUGCAAGAAGUAUAAUCUCAGGAUUUAUACGAACUGAGAUUUAUAAAAUAUUCAACCGUAUGUAGCUUAGACAAGUUAAUGGCAAGCUUUUUUUUCUGUUCUUCACCACAUUGCCAUGAAAUUUGUCSAUUUACACAGAAGUGCAUCGCCUCUCGUCAGCUAAAGAGGAAACCUCUUCAUUUUUAUGCCGACUGUAGCAGAAGAAUCUACAUCUUGAACCAAAAAGAGGCGCGUCGUUCUGCUCACUGUGGAUUUGUGGCAGUAAACAAAUACAAACUAGAAUGAAGGACACUAUACAGCGAGGUCAUAAAAGGCAACACUAAAGAUAUUUAUGACUAAAACUGAAUGUUGGAAGUAAAUAUGUUCAAACUUUUCUGUUUUGAUUCGUAGACUGCUCUGAGGUAGUGAUUGUAUGUAUUAGAUCAAAGAAGGGCUUUAGUUUCAGAAAAACAUUUUUUUUUCCAAUUUGCCUUUUUUCAGAUUUUUUGUUUUGUUACAAGACAAAACUAACUAAAAAAAGAAGGAACUGUAAAUAUUUUUUCAUUGCCCUGAUCUCACUAUGUAAAUUUAAUGCAUAUCAUCAGAAUCUUCAAGGAAAAAUAAAGUUUGUAGCCUGCUUGUGUUGGAGAUCUAGAUAAACCAUUUCCAGUUUGCCUUACUUGUUUUCUCUCUGCAGAUGUUUAGCAGGAAGGAUUUUUUCAAAGAUCAUUUCAUUGCGACUAAUGAGGCGUUUGUACAAAGAAAAUAUCCAAGGUAUUUCAUGGCUUUUUUUUUUAACCAUAUUGACUGAAUUUAAAUAAACUUCUUAUUGGCACUUAA